CUGGAUCAUUCCGCCUGUCACCGCUUGCCUCUUUGUUCAAAGUGAUUUUGCUUCUCUCUCUCGGCGUUGCUGCUGGCGAGGAAGAGGUGAAAAAAGAGGAAGGAGAAGACGAAAGGACAAGAAGGAGGAGGAGAAAGAAGAAGAAGAAGAAGAGGAGGAGGAGGAGGAGGAGGGAGCACCUUGCUGUGCUGUGCGUGCGUUUGCAUUUAUUCCGAUGCCACAGUGUGUGAGGAUGAACAGCGCACAGGAGGCUGCUGCUGCUGCUGCUGCUGCUGACUGAACCCGAGGACUGUUGAAGUCCAGGACGCACACACGCGCACAGACUCUCCCUCUCUCUCUCUCUCCCUCUCCGUCUCUCUCUCUCACACACACACACUCGGGUCUCCACUGCAAAGUGCUGUUUCACCCUUCUUUCUUCUCUCCUCGUUUUGCCAUCGCUCCGUCCUUUUGGGAAUUUGGAACGCACCUGGCCAGAAGCGCAGAGCUGUCGCUCACAUUCCAAAGGAUUGCAGCAUUCGGACGCUCCUCGCGCUGUCACACAAGGUCCAGGAUGGGGCUGGCUUCGUGUGAAGAUGGGCGGCACAUCGUCUUGGCUCUGAUCCUGGUCUUUUAUUCGAACUUAGGUGAUGCCUCCUCCAUAGUGAACAUGCGUAGGAUCUCUCAUCCUGCAGUACAGCAGACACUGGCGGGCAAAGCUGUCCUCCCAUGUGUCUUCACCCUCCAGACCAACUCCUCCUCUGAGCCUCCUCACCUCCUGUGGACUCGCACCAGGCUGCCAGCAGGAGGACAGGGCGCUCCUCAGGAGGAGACUGUGCUCUCGGCGAGAGGUGAUGUAAUCAAGCUGAAUAAGGCUUUCAGCGGCCGUGUCAGGCUGCCAGGAUACACUGCCAGUCCUCUGAACGCUACCAUGGAGAUCUCAAGUCUGCGCACCAACGACUCAGGCACUUACCACUGUCAGAUUGUCAUGGGCAACGACUAUGAGAGAGACACGGUGCCCCUGGUGGUCUCCGGUGUGGUCUUUCACUACCAGGUCCCCAGCGAUCGCUACGCCCUAUCAUUUAUAGACGCUCAAAGGGCCUGUCAGGAGAAUUCUGCUGAGAUUGCAACAGCAGCCCAGCUGUGGGCAGCGUACUAUGACGGCUUUGCCAGCUGUGCAGCAGGAUGGUUGGAAGAUCAGACCGUCCGUUAUUCUGUCCAGGUGCCAGAUCUUGGUUGCUAUGGUCACAAGGAGUACUCAGCUGGAGUGAGGAAUUAUGGGAAGAGGGACCCGAAAGAGCUGUUUGAUGUGUACUGUUUCGCCAAAGAGCUGGAUGGUGAGGUGUUUCACUCCUCCGUCCCAGGCAGACUGUCUCUGUCCUCAGCGUCAGAUCGCUGCGUUUCUCUCGGAGGACAGCUGGCCACAGUCGGGCAGCUGUAUCUGGCCUGGAAGGCCGGUCUGGACAGCUGUGCACCUGGAUGGAUGGCUGACGGCAGCGUCCGCUACCCAGUGACUUGGCCACGCCCAGACUGUGGAGGGAGUCAACCCGGUGUCCGCACCAUCACACCGAAUACGACCACUGACAACAGCACGGCACUGUACGACGCUUACUGCUACAGAGGAAACGUGAAGAGCACAGACUCGGUCUCUCAGAUCUACAGCUCCCUGUGGAAGCCCUGGAGCUACCUCACAGGCUCAAGUGAUGCUGACUCUACAGAGACAGACAGUUCUGAGCCGACUGCACAGCCAUCCAGCAUCACAAAAGGAUUCUUAGACGGCGGCGAUGGUUCACCAGCCAACUGGACCGGAUUGGUUGAUAUUGAAGAGGAGGCCACUUCAAAUACCACUGAUCCUUCUGCAGACCCCUGGUCCCCAGAGUCUUCAGCCUCUUACGUGACCCUCCAGCUGAUCCCAGGCCACAGCUCCUUAGACUGGGGUGAGCCUUUGGAACCUGGGCCUGACUCAAAAGACUUUCUUCGACCUCCGGUUCAACCGACUUCUGCCGAAAAGAAGGUCAUCUCAAAGAUAUUCAGCUCUGUUUGGAAGCCUUGGAAUUACCUGGCAGGGACUGGAGAUGAGGAGGUCACCCAGGCCCCCACUGAAAAGGAAGAGGAAAUAAAAAUAGUGACCAAAAAGGUUGAACAGGAACCUAAUCCCACCCCUGCAGCAUCACCAGGUUUCUUUUCAUGGGGAAGUUCAUGGUUCAACACUCCCUGGAGGGAGAACACUACACCAGCCGGUGAAGACUCACCCACUCGUCUGACAUCUACUUUCCCCACCUCCAGUAUUGCUAUGACUACAGAGAGCAUCCAGAGUAAAGAGAAUUCAGAGAGCCACACUUUCACAGUCUCCAGCUCCACACCUGAAAUCUCUUCAUCCAGUGGGGACUCCUGGGUCCGUGUUGAUCCAGAUACCACCACCACCACCACCACCACCACCACCUCCCAGCCCAGUGACAAGAAGGCAGAAACAGUCACCUUCAGAGCCGGUGGUAGGGGUGGCAGAGGGAGAGGAAAGAAGAACAGAGCAGAGGACAAGAGCAGAGGGGAGGAGAAGGGCAAAGGAGACGAUGAAGGAAGUGGAGAAAUCACCGGAGCGGAGGCCAAAGGGGAGAUACAGGUGUCACGGAGGCCAGUGGGAUCGAACAGAACAAGAGAACGCUCCAGAGAGAGGUCUCGAGAGAGGGGACACAGGAAAGGACAGACUACGACCUCCUCCACCACCACCACGACUACCAGCACAACUGCCAGUCCUCUGGAGACCUCGGUGAAGACCACAACUGAGUCAGACAGCACCGACUUCUCCACAGACCAGUCCUUUUCCACUUACCCCUCAGAAACACCAUCACCAUCAAACUCUGAUGUCUCUCAUCCGUCAGCUUCCUCAUCUACACAGGCGUCACCUACAACCACAGAGUCCAUCAAAGAGUCCUCCUCUGAAACAGCAUCAUCUCAGUCCAUCACUGAAUCACAAUCUUUCUCCCUCACUACCUCUGUGUCCUCCUCCACUUCAACCGAUUUCUCAUCUCCCAUGUCCUCCACGGACCCAUCCCUCUCACCUACACCGUCAUCGUCCUCACCUACACUGUCAUCGUCCUCACCUACACCGGCAUCGUCCUCACCUACACCGUCAUCGUCCUCACCUACACUGUCAUCGUCCUCACCUACACCGUUAUCGCCCUCAGCGACACCGGCUUCGUCCUCAGCGACACCGUCAUCAGCCUCUUACCAGUCCCUGCCUCCAAUGGUCGGAUCCGGAGAUCCUUCACCAUCUCCUUAUCUUAUUAACGAGGACAUAUCCAGCAACCCACCAACGGUGCUGCCAUGGUUACCAGUGAAGAAGGUGGAUCAGAACAGCUCUGUGGAAUACCAUACCUUACUGUCCCUGCCUGCAGAGGAGGAGGACCUGGCCUGGGCUCACACCGUGGGCUCAGGAGCUCUGUCACCUGGGAACACGGAGGAGGAGACCACCAACGGAGCGAACACGAGCGCUGUUACCGUCCAGCCAACAGUGGAGGCGCAGCCCUGUGUGACAAACCCCUGCCUGCAUGGAGGAAAGUGUCUUCCUCAGGGAACAGGCUACAGCUGCUACUGCCCACAAGGGUUCGCUGGAGAGAACUGUGAGAUCGAUGUCGAUGACUGUCAGUCUGAGCCAUGUGAAAAUGGAGGCACCUGCAUCGACAAGAUUGAUUCAUUCCUCUGCCUCUGCCUGCCCAGCUACGGGGGAGACACAUGCGAGAAAGACAUCGAGGGCUGUGAGCACGGUUGGUGGAAGUUCCAUGGCCACUGUUACAGGUACUUCAGCCACAGACACACGUGGGAGGACGCCGAGAAAGACUGCAGAGAGCACAGUGCUCACCUCAGCAGCGUCGUCUCCACUUCAGAGCAGGGAUUCAUCAACGGCCUGGGCCACGACAACGCCUGGAUUGGACUGAACGACCGCACAGUGGAGGAGGAUUUUCAGUGGACGGAUGGAAAUGAUCUGGUUUUUGAGAACUGGAGGGAGAGCCAGCCAGAUAACUUCUUCGCAGGUGGUGAGGACUGUGUGGUGACCAUUGCCCAUGAGGACGGCAAGUGGAACGAUGUGCCCUGCAACUACAACCUGCCCUAUAUCUGCAAGAAAGGCACAGUGCUGUGUGGGACACCACCCAUGGUGGAGAACGCCCAUUUGGUGGGUCGAAGGAGGUCACACUACGACAUCCAUUCCGUGGUGCGCUACCAGUGCUCUGAAGGGUUCUUCCAGCGUCACAUUCCCACCACUCGCUGCCGGGCUGACGGCACCUGGGAGAGACCCAGAAUCAUCUGCAAAAAGUCUCGGCGCUCACACCGGUACAGACGGCACCACCACAACCAGCGCCGUGAACGUCACAUCCACAGGAGACACGGUGGAGAGGGACACAGGGCCAGAGAGGAGGCGCACAGCUACUACUGAACCAAAUAACACAACGUCUGCGAUGCCUGGGUGCUAACGAUGGCUCGUCAUCUCCUUUAUUAUUUUCCUUUCCUGCUACUGACACCUCGUCUCUGUUUAGCCCAGUUUUUCAACAUAAAGUUCAUCUUUAUAAGAUCAUUCCUGAACACGGCCGUUUCUUUGUUUACCCACAGUCGUCAACACUAACUCCAGACACUAACUCCCAUUAACACCCUCCGUUUCUGACGUUGCUGUAACAAUAAAAAUCUUCACACGUAUUUAUGAGCUGAAGGUUUGAGUGGCAGCAUGAACAGUGGAUGGAAAAUGGUCUACACACUGUAGAUGUAAAAUAAUGACACCUACAUAAAACUACUGAGGUUUGUCUCUGAUCAGUAUCUGACUCUGUUAUCGGUUCAUUGAAAUUGUAUGAUUCCAAUCUAUUUAGAGGAGAAGAAUAAGAAUAAGAUGGCCCAUUCCAAGCCCAGACCUAAAUCCAAUCUCAAAUCAAAGCAGUGACAUGAGAUGUCCACAAGAAGCGCCACAGCACUCAGAUUUGGAGCACUUUUUUGAGUGGAAAAAUAGACCAAACCCAGAUGUACUGUGAAGAGAGGCUCCUGCGUCCAACACAUACUAAUUUGGUGAACCAUUUUUGAAAAGAAAAAAAAAAAAAGAUGUUUCAUUAGCAGUCUCAUCUCUGAGGCCCAGACACUCCUGCCUCGAGUCACCUCCAGCAGCUCCUCCUGGUGAUCCCGCGGUGUUCCUGAGCCAGCUGGGAGAUGAAGUCUCUCCAUCUGGGUGUCAUUGUUUCACAUCAAAAACCUGUCCGUUUAACAGAUGUGCGUGGAUUUAUUGGCGUCCUCUGUAAGAGACUGCUGCUGGUUUACUCUGUUUUGUAAAAAAAAAAAAAAAAAGAAAGAAAAAGAAAAGAAAA